GGUCGUCGUGUCAAACACGAUGGUCGUCGUGUCAAACACGAUCGUCGUACAAGAUGGUCGUCGUGUUGAACACGAUCGUUGUCGUGUCCGACACGCUAGUCAUCGUGUCAAACACGAUCGUUGUCGUGUCGAACACGCUGGGCGUCAUGUCAAACACAAUCGUCGUCGUGUCCGACACGGUCAUCGUCGUGUCGAACAUGAUGGUCGUUAUGUCGAACACGAUCCUUGUCGUGUUGAACACGCUGGUUGUUGUGUCGAGCAUGAUCGCCAUCGUGUCGAACACGACCACCAUCGUAUCGAGCACGGCCGUCUUCGUGUCCGACACGAUCGUCGACGACGGUUGUCGUAUCCGGCACGAUGGUCGUCGGGCUUGCAGCACAACCUUGGAAAGCAUGGACUGUGCGGCGUCUAAUACAAUGCUCAAUGAGGAUUUUCCUCCACCGCACCUGCCAAUGUGUUCACAAGAUGUUCGAAGUGGUCACGAUCAUGUCGAUAAUGCUCCGGAAUCUCCUGCUUGUAAGAGGUCACGAAAUAUUGCGUGUGCGGACACUACAUGUGAAAGUGCAUAUCCCGUCCUUCGAUGCCCGGUUCAAACCUGUGAUGCAGAGAGUGCUCAAGGUCAAGAGGGUAAGGCCUCCUCUACUGACAACGACGCAUCCGAUGUAGAUCGUGUUGUAUGGGUGCCGAGGAGUUCACUUCGAGAUUUCGAGUACACAGGUCUUCUGUUUGGUGAGGGUGAUGAAGGUGGUUCAGAUUCAAGUGCUUCAGUGUCGUCUAGUGCUGAUAGUUCUCCAGAUAAAACCGAUCUUCCGCAAACGUACGCUGACCGAAACAGUGACCACUGUUGUCGAAAUGACGAUGAGAAUUGUGACGUGAUCUCUGAUUUCGAUUACAUUUUUUCAAAACGUUUGUCCUCAGAGAAGCGUCCUUAUACUUUUCGUCUCAGAAUGCCGCCGUCAAAGAAGAUUGUGCAAUCUGUUCAUAGAAAACUCACCCAAAAAACAUUGGCGAGUGUGCGUGGGCAGGUUUGCUGUAAGCGAGAGUGUUGCGCUCAAAUGACUCUGGACGACAUCAAAGUUGUCCAGAGCGCAUACUACUCUAAGAACCAGCAGAGUAGGGAUGCGUGCAGUACUGGACUCAGACGCACAUCAGCAGCAUAUGCGACGAUGUACGAGAAACUAAGCUCCUUCGUGCGAGACAACGGAGAUUCCAUGCCCAAUGACAUGAAGACGAAAGAGGGGGAAUCAAGAGUGGUGUUGAGAUUGCCUGCUUGCUAUAACAAGGUUGAUAUUUAUAAGUUGCUAAAGUCGAAAUUCGACAACAUAAGUGCUCCUUGUGUUUCUCUCCAAGUUUUUUACAACAUGUGGAGAACGCAGUUCUGGCAUGUGAAAUUCCAUGACAUUGAUCAAAACUUUGCGAAAUGCGAGAAAUGUGUUGAAUACAAAGAAUCUAUCAAUUCCGCAAAGUUCGUGCGUGUGCGUGAGUACUUUGUUUCGUUACGCGAGAAACACUUGAACUUGCAGCUCCAACAUCGUGCUGCGUAUGAGGUGUAGAAGGAUGAGUCGAAGAGACCGGGUUCCAACAGUUUGUGCAUCAUCAUUGACGGCAUGGACCAAAGCAAGACCAGCAUUCCACACUUUGGCGGAGAGAACAAAUCGAAGGCAUUCGC